GGCGGUUCCACUCCAUUAUGGUUUACUUUCACUUCUCAUGGUCAUAUUCCAGAUCACUCAUGUGAAGACAUUAGUGUGUGUUUCUUACAUGCCUGUAGUCAAAUUGGUGUACUCGUCUACUGAAAACAGGGCCCAAAAAUACAACACUUCAAUACACAACCUAUUAGGUACUGUACAUGAACAUCUCCUCCUCGUACCGGUCUUCCGAGAUGUCGCUGAAUGCAUACUCUAUCUGUUUCCGCGCUGGCUGUCGUGCACACCACCACUAAGAACCGCCCACUAAUGUGCCGUCAAGAGUACGAAUUGUGCCUUGAACAUCAAGGUUUAACAUGACUACGAUUACGAGGGGUAUAUAAGGCUGCAUGAAUAAACACCAGAACGAUCAUACUACCACAGUUUUCUAUAUCUACGAUAACAAUGCCCACUGCAACUUCUGGAAAAAUCCUCGUUACAGGAGCUAACGGCUUUGUCGCUGUCUGGGUUAUCAAGGACCUUUUGGAGAAUGGAUACUCUGUGCGAGGCACAGUCCGCUCUGAGGCUCGCGGCGCGCAUGUUCAACACCUCUUCGCUUCUUAUGGAGACAAGUUCGAACUGGUCAUUGUUGAGGACAUAACGAAGGAAGGGGCAUUUGACGAGGCUGUUAAAGGCAUCGAUGCCAUUGAGCACGUUGCCUCUCCCGUUAGCUUAGCCGCCAACGACCCCAACGAGCUUAUCAAACCGGCUGUUGAAGGCACUCGGAGUAUCCUCCGUAGUGCUUUGCGUUAUGGUUCGCAAGUUAAACGCGUUGCUAUCACGUCCUCAUUCGCUGCGGUCGGCGAAGUUGGGGUAGUUCCGGACGGAGGCAUCCAUACUGAUGCACACUGGAAUAACAAAUCCGUCCGAGAAGUGGAGACAAAAGGUGCCGCCGCAGACCAGGUGGAAAAAUACUGCGCCAGCAAGACUCUCGCUGAGCGGGCGGCCUGGGCUUUCUACGAAGAGAAGAAAACCGAGCUUCCGUUCGACAUAGUUACCCUUAUCCCUCCGUACGUGUUUGGACCUUGGCUUCACGAGGCCAAGGACAUGUCACCUAUUGGAAUAGCCAAUCUCAUGUUCUAUGACCUCGUCGUCAACGGAAAGGCUGACAAGGAUACGUUGGUAAAUGAUGGUGUUUUCUGGGCCGACGUUCGUGACGUAGCCCGUGCGCACAUUCUCGCUCUUCAGGUUGAGCAGGCAGGUGGGAAGCGACUCAUCAUAAAUGCCGGACCUUUCAAAUGGCAGGACUUCGUAAAUGCAGCGCGACGAGUCUCCAGUAAGAUACCGCCAGGUAACGAGUCGUAUAACGCGGCGACUGCUAAGCACCCCGCUAUGUUGGAUACCUCCAAGACCCAGGUAAUACUCCCUCAGCUUACCUAUCACACUUUCGACGAAUGUGCGGCAGCGACGUUAGAUUGUCUUGAGAAUGCGGGAUGGUGGACUCGACGAGUUUAGGAUGGACUAGACAUGUUAGAAUAGGUUUUUGAGUGUCACUAAAUAGGAGACUGUAUGUCACAAGAUUCGAAGUAUGGGAAGCAGUUGCACCGAGAAUGAAGAACACGAGA